CGCGCCCUUGGACGAGUGGAGACGAGCGUGAAACCUACCGUUGGUGAUUCGAACUCUUCGCUGUUGAUCAGCGCCUCGUGCCUCGCUCAACUCUCAACUCCUUUUCUGGACGCCUGCUGAACAUGCGGCUUGCGCGUUGAUCGCAAGCCUGCCGCGUCGCAGCACCUCAGCCCACCUGUGGGCUUGUCCAAGUGAAGACAUAAUCGCCCACAACGAAUUUGGUUAACCGCGCGCCGAGGGGAGUCACGUUUGCGCGCCCUGGGCGACCAAAUGGCGACAUCUUCAGCCCCUACUGCAACAGGCCAAUCCGUGGCUGCCCCGAAGACGCCAGCGAUGCCGUCUCUUCCUGCACCACCCGGCCAGGCCGCGGCGGCUGCACAAACCGCAAGCGACGGUUCAGCACCAGCUUCCGGGGGCGGCCCGGGUUCCGGCCCCGCACCCGCUGCCGGUUUUGGCGUCCUCACCUCGGGUGAGGACGCGUUGAACAACGUGUACCGUGAUGGCCGGGUCCGCAAUCCGGUACCCAGCAAACUGAAGGGCGUAACCGACGGUUCCAAGGGGAAGUUUGGCGUGAUGCACAUCGAGGUGGCUGGCAGGGACCAGGCCGUGGAUCGCGAUGCCGAAGCAAAGCGAACGAGCGAGAGUACAGAGCUGGCCGCUAGGCGCGCGUUUGAAAGUGGUUAUGUAUCCCUCCGAAGAAGUCGAUUUGUGCAUAUUCCAGACGAACCGGUUCCGCAGCCGAUUGCGAAGCCAUUUGUUCCGCCCCAGCCUCCGGCCCCGGCGCCUAACCAGUUCCAACGCCGCACGCCUCUGAGUCCCGAAGAAACCAAAGCUGAGCAGGCACGUCUGCUGACUCUGUUACGGAGUCUGCAUCCGGUACUUGUUGUGGAUCAAAUCUGCAAGGCACUGGCUUUCUUUGGCGGCAUCCCCGGAGGACCGCCGCCAGCGAAUGGCGGGUUCCCGGAGAGUGCAGAGGCUAACGGCCCGGGCAGUCUUUUUGUUGGCUGGAUUGCUGAGAUAUUUCCGAGGCUAGGGGGCAACUCAGCACAGCCAAGGCUGGAUCCCACCCAGCAGCUGGACAAUCCCCAGCCUGCUAAACGCAAGCGAGGACGGCCGAAAGGCAGCAAGGCCACCAAAGUCCGGAAAGACAAGGGAAUGAAGAAGGGUCCGAGUAGGACCCAGCUCAAUGCCGGCCAACAUCAGGCGCCAGACGAUGCGGACGAGAGCUGGGUCGACGUGGACGACAGCGGCGUUGCGACGACGGACGAUGUGGAUGCGAAUGUGAUGCUCCUUGCGCAGGCGACGAACGAGCACCCGCAGCCUGGGACCCCUACUCAAACGCCCACCGCGACAGCGAGGACGGCGCUGCCAGGAAGGCCUAGCGCGAGCGGCACGUCAACUGACGGUAUGUCAAAUGCGAGGAAGAGGGGGCGCCCCAAGGGUUCAAAGAACCGGCCCAAGGACCCAAUCGCAAACACGGUCCAAGCAUCCGGAGGGACGGCACAGACGGCAGCGCAGCCCCAGAUGAGUCAGAUACCCCAGGCUGGAACAGGGCCGGGAGGUCCGCAGUCGUUUACAGCCGUAAACACGGCGUCUCCAGCGACUACCAAAAGUAGGGGCGGGAGAGCAAGAGGUACAGAACCCAACCAGCAAGCACAAGAGCAACAUGCUCCAGGGGCGCAGGGAUCAGAGCAGCAAAGAGGGACCGGCCAUCCCGUAUCCACCAACUCCACCCCCGCGCCACAAGCUCAAGUGCCCGCUUAUCGACUGUCACAGACCGUUCAGAGCUCGCAUGCCCAAAGCUUGACACUUCCAAUUCCUCCUACAGCCAGCCCGGUGCAGGCAAAUGCCUCCAACAACCCAGCGCAGAGGAGGAAGAGAAAAGGGCACGGUGGGGCCGAGGCUCCUCAAGCGCGGCCGAACGAGGAAGGCAACGGGUCGAUGACUCGCGCACAGGAGGCGAGCGGCCGUCCAGGUACUACCAUGCCAAGCAAUCCGAGGCAAGCGGCAGCUGCGGCAGCGCAGGAGCCUCCGUCUAAACGUCAACGGAAGGUAAAAGAGUCAAGAGUCCCAGCAAGAGGCGGGAACGAGGCCGCCGCACACGCCACCACGGGCACUACUGUCACUGCUUCAGCGGAAAUGUCUUCUUCGAAUUCAAUGCCAAAUUCUAGCAGCAUGUUAGGCCCAACUGCUUCCCCAUUAUUGGCUCAAAGGUCCGAACCAGCGCCCGCAACCUCAACCGUGACAGAGCCGCAAAUCGCCGGAUCGAUGGAUUCGCCUCAACAUGGUCACUUUGAAGAGCAAUCUUCUACAGUGGAAAACUAUGAGGCCCAACUCCAGGCGCAGCUCGAACAGCAAUCCGAUGUGGGAUCACAGAGCACCUCAGAUCCAGCACAACUCCUGACUGCUCAGCCGCAGCAGUUUCGUCAACAACACCAGAAUCAACAGUACGCUUCUGCUGCCCUCGGCCGAUCUCACAACCUGCAAUCACAGUCGGCCAGGUCCCAGGCCGUAAACAGCUCGUCAGUUACAGCACCACAACAGCAACAGCACCACCAACAGCACACAAAAGCGUCCCAGAGCAGUUACAAUCAAUACCACGCUCCAAGUUCCCAAUACCGACAGCACCAGCAGCAGAGCUACGCGUCUUCGCAGACCGAGCAGCCACAGCAGCAGCCACAGCAGCAGCCACAGCAGCAGCAACAGCAACAGCAACAGCUUUCAGCUGGACAACAGCACAAUCAAAGGGGGCACGUCCCUUCAGCUCAGCAGUACUCGACCAGCGCUCCCCAGUCACAGCAAUAUGCUUCCAACCAGCAGUCAUAUUCCUCCAACCAGACAUAUUCAGGCGGUGGGCAGCAGCAGCUCGGCUCGCAACAGCGUUACCAGCCGCAACUAGCGACGAGUUCAGCAGGCGCUGCUUCGUAUACGGCCCAUCAGCCCUCACAUUUUGGCGCACCGACGAGCAGCGAUUUCAGUGCCGCGGACAACGGUUACCGCAACUCGGUGACCACUCUAAGCAACCCUUCCUACGCUCAACGAAGCCAGUCCGUCACGCCGUCUGCCACCGGCCCCUUCAGGGCCAGCAGUACACAUGGACUGUCCGAACACUCGCCGCAAUUUGGGGCGGGCAACACUGGCUUGCAGCAACGCCCUGCAAGCACAAGCCAGCUCACCUCUCAGAGCAUGCAAGGCUUAGCCGGUGUGCAAGCAUUCACAGGGAACAGUGCCGCCGCCGAGUGGAGCCUCUUUGACACUAGCCAUCUGGAUGCAUCGGGGCAACAGGCAGGGAUGGGAUCAAGCAAUGCAAACUAUGGCAUGAGCGCGUCAACCGUGCGAGCGUCGUCGAACAGUGGCUCCGGUUUCGCUGCUACAGGUCUAACAAGUUUUGAUACCUCUAAUUUGGGAGGAGGUGACCGCUUCUACGGAAUUGGACGGCGGUAAAAGUUGUAGCGAGCUUAUUUUCUUCCUCUAUCUCGGACCAAGGGACGUUUGUGGUGGGACGGGAUAUUCUGCGCGCUCUUCGUGAUAAUACAACGUGGGAUGAGGUACUUACGAGGUUCCAAAAGAGGCAUGAGGAUUGUGCGUACUUUUAUUAGGCCUUCUCACAUGUCAGUUAUAGCUUCUUGCUACUUUCUCCCUUCACUUUUGACAUGCUUUUCCUGCCGGCUCCCUACGCGGUCCUUCUGGUUGCGGUUGCAAUGUGGUGCCUGACGCAGAGGU